AUGAAGGGCAUACUGGCGUUUCAAACUGUCACAGAUGAUGCCUUGGAGAAAAUACUCAACCCUAGGAAGAGCACAUCAUCCUCUGGGAGGCGAAAGACCACUGUCACUGAUGAUUUGGACAAUCCUGAAUCCUAUAUGUUCGAAGAGUAUAUCUUCCAGCAGCUAAACCAUCUCAGACAAGUCAACUGUCUCCGAAGACCUCUUCAACUCAUUGUAUCGACGGCGCAUACAGAGCGAGGUGCUUCGGGGGAUCAAUUAUACAGUCUAUACCUCAGCCGAGAGUUUAUAGAGGAUGAAGACCCUCCAUCUUACGCCGGUAGACAUUACCAACUCUACCAAGCCAGGACGAUGCCUGCAAGUUGGACAGGGUGA